UCUCGGCGCGGAAAACGCGCCGCUACGCGUCCAAAGCCCAAUCUCACCCACGAUUUUAAUGACUGCAAUGAAGAUAAGAUGCCUAGGGAAAUCAUAACGAUACAAGCCGGCCAAUGCGGCAACAACGUCGGGAGCCAGUUCUGGCAACAGCUCUGUCUUGAGCAUGGUAUCAACCGAGAUGGAAACCUAGAGGAAUUCGCGACGGAGGGCGGAGAUCGGAAAGAUGUUUUCUUCUAUCAGAGUGAUGACACGCGAUACAUUCCCCGAGCGAUUCUGCUCGAUUUGGAACCUAGGGUAAUCAACAGCAUCCAAAGUGGCUCUUACCGCAAUAUCUAUAAUCCAGAGAACUUCUUCAUCGGCCAACAAGGUAUUGGAGCGGGAAAUAACUGGGCUGCCGGAUAUGCAGCCGGAGAGAUCGUGCAGGAGGAAAUAUUCGAUAUGAUCGAUCGAGAAGCAGACGGAAGUGAUUCAUUAGAGGGCUUCAUGCUGCUACAUUCCAUUGCAGGAGGUACUGGUUCCGGUCUAGGAAGUUUUAUUCUCGAGCGGAUGAAUGAUCGCUUUCCGAAGAAGUUGAUUCAGACUUAUUCGGUGUUUCCGGAUACGCAGUCUGCAGAUGUGGUUGUCAAUCCUUAUAACAGUUUACUGGCGAUGAGACGGUUGACGCAGAAUGCGGAUUCUGUCGUUGUUCUCGACAAUGGUGCGCUUUCCAGGAUAGUCGCAGACAGACUCCAUGUUCAAGAGCCGUCAUUCCAGCAGACUAAUCAGUUGGUCUCAACGGUGAUGUCGGCCUCAACAACCACUCUCCGGUACCCCGGAUAUAUGCACAACGACCUUGUCGGAAUUACUGCCUCUCUCAUCCCCACGCCCCGAACACACUUCCUCAUCACAUCCUAUACUCCAUUUACCGGUGACAAUAUCGAGCAGGCCAAAACUGUUCGAAAGACCACCGUGCUCGAUGUCAUGCGCCGACUUUUACAGCCCAAGAAUCGCAUGGUCUCUAUCACGCCAAGCAAGUCGAGCUGCUACAUCAGCAUUCUCAAUAUCAUUCAAGGCGAGGCCGAUCCGACGGACGUGCACAAAUCCUUGCUUCGUAUUCGAGAGCGUAGACUCGCGUCUUUCAUCCCGUGGGGUCCAGCCAGUAUACAGGUCGCUCUCAGCAAGAAGUCACCGUACAUCCAGCACACGCACCGUGUCAGCGGUCUCAUGCUGGCCAAUCACACAUCUGUCGCGACACUCUUCAAGCGAAUUGUCCAACAAUACGACCGUCUGCGGAAGCGAAAUGCUUUCUUGGAACAGUACAAGAAAGAGGCUCCAUUCGCCGAUGGAUUGGGCGAGUUCGACGAGGCACGAGCUGUCGUGGUCGACUUGGUCGGAGAAUACGAGGCUGCAGAGAGGGAGGAUUAUCUGGAUCCAGACGCAGGAAAAGGCCCUGGGGAGGCUGCGGCCUAAGAUUCUGGAUUUCCUCCCGUGUUCAUUCCAAUUGUGUUUUUCAGUCAUUGGUCCAUCAUGCAGAUAUUCCCCCCCCCCCCCCCCCCCCCCCCUUAUUUUAUUUUAUUUU